UUCGAGCAAUUAAGAAACACUGAAAAAUGGAAGAAGUCAAAUUGUUGGGAUAUUGGGCAAGUCCUUUUUAUGUAAGAGUAAAAAUUGCCCUUAAACUCAAGGGUAUUCAAUAUGAAUACAUGGAAGAAGAUGUGUUAAAUAAGAGUCCUACACUUCUCAAGUACAAUCCUAUUCAUAAAAAAAUUCCAGUGUUGUUGCACAAUGGGAAACCAAUUGUUGAGUCUCUUGUGAUUCUUGAAUAUAUUGAUGAAACUUGGAAAGAUGACACGCCUCUUCUACCAAAAGAUCCUUACCAAAGAGCCAUGGCACGUUUCUGGACUAAGUUUAUCGAUGAAAAGUGCUAUCCAGAGAUACGAAAACUUUGUUAUGUUAGCAACAAUGAAGUAAAAGUGAAUGCCAUGGGAGAACUUCUUCAGCUCCUUAAACUUCUUGAGAAUGAAUUGAUCAAAGAUAAUAAUAACAACUUCUUUGGAGGAUACAUUGAGAUUGUUUCCAUUUUGAUAACUUAUUGGCUUGGAGUUAUUCAAGAAGCAUUGGAAGUGGACAUAUUGAAGAAAGAGGAUUUUCCAAAUAUAUGUGCCUGGGCUGAUAAGUCAAUUGGUUGUAGCUUUAUCAAGGAAAAUCUGCCACGCAGGGAAAAAUUACUUGCGCAUUACAAAAAUUGUACCAAACCACUGUUCAGAGGUGCAUCCAGGAUCUAAUUUCUAAGGGGUUUA